AUGUCAAUCCCAAGAUAAACUAAGAUUUAUGUAGAGAAAUUGAGAAACGAAGCAGAUAUGAAAGGAAGUAAAAUAUUUGAAUUCAAUGAGAUGAUUAGAAUCGGCAAAGAAAUAAACUUACAAGUAGGAGACUUUAAAGUAUUCCUUGAAAAAUUAAACAGUCAAAAUAUAUUGAUAAUGAAACCCAAUAAAAUGUGGGAAUUAAGUUGA